CCAGCGCGGCGGCGGCGGCCCGGCAGCCAACAUGGCGGCGGCGGCGGCGGCGGGCGCGGGCCCCGAGAUGGUCCGCGGGCAGGUGUUCGACGUGGGGCCGCGCUACACCAACCUCUCGUACAUCGGCGAGGGGGCCUACGGCAUGGUGUGCUCUGCUUAUGAUAAUAUCAACAAAGUUCGCGUAGCCAUCAAGAAAAUCAGCCCUUUUGAGCACCAGACCUACUGCCAGAGAACACUGAGGGAGAUAAAAAUCCUCCUGCGCUUCAGACAUGAGAAUAUCAUCGGAAUCAAUGAUAUUAUCCGAGCGCCAACCAUCGAGCAAAUGAAAGAUGUAUAUAUAGUACAGGACCUCAUGGAGACAGAUCUCUACAAGCUCUUGAAGACACAACACCUCAGCAAUGACCACAUCUGCUAUUUUCUUUACCAGAUCCUCAGAGGGUUAAAAUACAUCCACUCAGCCAACGUCCUGCACCGUGACCUCAAGCCUUCCAACCUGCUGCUCAACACCACCUGCGAUCUCAAGAUCUGCGACUUCGGCUUGGCCCGCGUCGCAGACCCGGACCACGAUCACACGGGGUUCCUGACGGAGUACGUGGCCACGCGCUGGUACCGGGCUCCGGAGAUCAUGCUGAAUUCCAAGGGCUACACCAAGUCCAUUGACAUCUGGUCGGUGGGCUGCAUCCUGGCCGAGAUGCUCUCCAACAGGCCCAUCUUCCCGGGAAAGCAUUAUCUCGACCAGCUCAACCACAUUCUGGGUAUUCUUGGAUCCCCAUCACAGGAGGACCUGAACUGUAUAAUAAAUUUGAAAGCUAGAAACUAUUUGCUCUCUCUUCCCCACAAAAAUAAGGUGCCGUGGAACAGGCUGUUCCCGAAUGCUGAUUCCAAAGCUCUGGACCUGCUGGAUAAAAUGUUGACGUUCAACCCGCACAAGAGGAUUGAGGUAGAGCAGGCUCUGGCCCACCCGUACCUGGAGCAGUAUUACGACCCAAGUGACGAGCCUAUUGCCGAAGCACCGUUCAAGUUUGACAUGGAAUUGGAUGACUUGCCCAAGGAAAAACUCAAAGAACUCAUCUUCGAAGAGACCGCCAGGUUCCAGCCAGGAUACAGAUCUUAAAUCUGUCAGGACGAGGCUCCGAGGACUCGCCGUGCUCAGUUCCUCCAGUUGUUGAUCCCUGGCCUGUCUCCAGCCCGUCUCGGCUUCUCCACCUUGACUCCCCUGAGCUGUUUGAGGGGUGGUUUCUGGUAGUUGUGGCUUUUAUGCUUUCAGAGAAUCCCUUCAGUCCAGAGAAGUGUCCCUGCCCCUGUGUGUCACCGCGGUGGCAGUGGCGGUGUGUGCUCCGGCGCACCUGCUGCUCGCCGUUGCUUCCGUCACUAAUCGCUUUCUGGUUUGAAAGAUGCAGUGGUUCCCUCCUCUUCCGAGUCCUCUCCUGCACGCCACCCUGCUGACCCGGGCAGGCUCGCCAGACACAGGCCUUUUCCUUGCCACUGGGGUCCCACUUUGUGACGGGGAGGCUCCUGCCCAGGGCACUGUAAGUCCGGGACGGCCCCUCGUGUGCACCUGGACUUCCGACCACAGCCGUCUCCUCAGAGCAGGAGUCGUGCAAACGCCCUUGGGUCACGAGGCAGGCUGCUGCGGGGACACCCAUCUCGGAAACCCUCUGGGGGUGCUUGCCAGCCGUACUUUCACGUUAGUCCCUAACAUAUUUAAGGUAUGUGCUGUUUGCCCAGCUUCUAGAAGAUUCGGUCAUUUUUCCAAUUAAAAAGGAAGACGUACCCUGCACCCAGCACCCAGCAAUUUCACCCAGUAGGUGUACUAUGAUUCGCUGUAUCAUUUAUAGACGUGUAACACUUGCCAAAAUGUGUGCUGUGCAUGGUGCUGAGUGUUUGCCAGAAUGACACAAAGAGAUUCAACGUGGCGGCUUCACUCAGCAUUUGGAGCGAGAGGUCCAGAGGCCCCGACACUGUGCGGGGGAGUUUCUGGGGAGGUAGGAGGGUAGGAGACGGGCCCCAGGCGCCUGUCGGGCCAGUCCUCGGGAGCUCAGUGCCCAGUCAGUGCCUGAGGAGUCGGCCGAGAGGAACACUGCGUCUUCAAAUGAGAGAGUGUACGACCCCUUUCCUCCAACAGCAUGUCAGCACCUCAAGUUCAUUUUCCAACUACAAGAUAAUCUCUCAUCAGCCUCCGUGAGCUUGUGACAUGAAGGCGUCUCUGUUGUCAAGCGCGCCCACAUUUCUGACCCCGCCGAGUAAAGGCCGUCGUGGCACGCUGGCACCAGGUCACGUCUGAAGCUGUCCCCCCCCUUCCCGACCUGUCCAAGGAUCUGCCCCCGACCCUGUGAGCCAUGGAGUGGACUCGGUGUCCCAUCCCUGCACUGCGCCCUCGACCCCGUUCUGCCCUGUGGUGAGGACCCCGCCCCGUCCAGUGCUUCCCGUGCCCUCGCAUGGCCGUCGCGGCUCCCUGUGCAGAGACGACCAUCCGAGUGCCACAUGCCUUGUGACCGAGACGGAAAACCUGUCACCUCCGAGCUGUGUUCACAGAAAACGCUCUCCAGCAGUCACUUAGGAAAAACAGUUCUGUUUUUAACUUUUCGUUUCUCAGCUGUCCUUUUUUUUCUUGUUUGAUUUUGACAGCAGUGGAGAAUGGGCUACUGUGAUCAGAAAUGCACUUGUGAUUCAUGGAAAUAAAUGUACAUCUUCUCUCUCCUCAUUCAUGCUAAGGUUCAGUGGUGGUUUCCUCUGGCUCGUGUGUCCGCACGGCCACGCACGGUCAGCUUCUGCUUUAGAACGGAAGUGCUGCUGGGCCUCACCUCCCCACCCCAGCCCUCCUCCCACUCGGGUUUACCCAGAACAGCAACAAUGUGCAGUCAAUCCGGUAGGGUCCUUUUCCCGCUGCACUGCAGAGAAUCGAUUCUCACGUUUUCCCUUUUCCAGAUCAUGGGGCUAAAACACUCUUUCCAACCCUGAGGAAGAAGGCAAAUGUCUCGGGUUGGAUUCUGGUUCUUUCUAAAGAGGGCUUGUCUCUGCUUCCCCAGAGCAGGCACUGGGCACAGGCGGGCGCCCCUCAGGCCGUAGCCCCCGGCCCGGAUGCUGGUGGCCGGACGAGGACCUCUGGCUCCUCGGAAAUCUGAACCACCCAUGCCCUGGAGUCCAUGUGUUCACUUGCCUUCUCCGGGCUGCCCCGAGGAGGGCGCAAAGCACGGACAACACACAGGCCUGACUGAGUUGGUCCCGGGAGAGGUCGGUUUUCAUUUAAAAGGAGCACUGACCGUUUGUUUAAUUACUCUUGUUUCUUCAUGCUUUCUUGGAAUGUCAGUGUUGCCAUGAAGUUAAUUUUGCAAUCCCCUUCUAAGUAGGAAGGCUGAGUCCUGGGACCGAGAGCUCUUUCCCGCCCCCCUUGCUGUCACUAUGGCACCCGAUUGGCAUGAAACCACGAGCCGCAUUCUGGAAUCACCGUAGCCGUAAGUUGUGUGCUUUUUAUUGAUCAUGCCAAAUGUAAUUUAACAGGUCUGCGGUUGUCCCGUGAAAAGUACUAGCUAUGAUGUGUAAUAGGCUUCUCAUUUUGAAUCUUCUUACAUUUCUAAAAAUGUAGAGAUUAGGUCAUCUAAAUUCAUAUUGGUGAUACCAAACGCCUCCAUUAGUCAUGCGUCAGAUAAGCCUUCAGACUAAUGGUUUUCUUGGUGUCUAAAAUGCAAGCAAAGAUCCCCAGGUGAAACAUUCCAGCCCUGUCAUUCGUGUGAAACAAACUGUCCACACGGGAGUGGGGUGCAGCUGAAGGAGUCGGUCAGGCCGGCCCUGCUGGCCGCGUCCUCGAAGCUCUCGGAGGCCACCGGGCAUGGCACGGUCACCGGACUCCUGUUUUCACGCACGGGCGAUGGCUGUGGAGGGAACUGUCUGUUCUCGGGAGCCCCCCAGGGCCUGGCAGUGGUCUUCAAGGACUCGUAAAGGUGUUGCCUUCUCUGCCUGUGCCUGGCGUUCAGCCAUCCAGAUGUUUCUUUGCUUCUGUGUUGAUCCGGUUUUAAAAUUGGUGACUUUUCUAUAGAAUGCUGACCGUAUGUCAUCACACACACACACACGUAUGCACCCCUGCUUUUGGGCCCUUCCGUGAUACUUUUAUAUUUGUAAAUCACUGUUUUGGAGCAAUCCCAAGUUUAAGGGAAAUAUUUUUGUAAAUGUUGUGGUUUUGAAAAUCCGAGCAAUCCUUUUGCUUACACAUUCUUAAAGCAUCCAUGCUUUAAACUUGUAAUGCUGGUGUUUGACGUUCAAGACUCAUCCAGUGACGAUAAGACGCAUGUAACAGCCAAGCCAACACGUGCUCCCUCCUCCUGUAAUCGCGCCACAGGACGGCUCAGGAAGGCCUGGGAAUUCAGAGAAUAUUCUCAAGGGCUGCGCCAGGUGGACUUAAAGCUCGUUGCCUUUUUCUGUGCUGUUGCUCCACAUAGCGCACUCAAGAAAGUUCUGAAACUGCUUCGUAUCUGCUUUGUACUGUUGGUGCCUUCUGGUAUUGUACCCCAGAACCCUGCUUAGAUUAUUUAGUAUAACGGUAAGUUUAAAAAUGUUAAAGGAAGAUUUUAUUAAGAAGCUGAAUGUUUAUUCAUUAUAUUGUUACAAUUUAACACUUAUUUGUGGCAUUCGUGAUUUGGUUAAUCUGUAUAAAAAUUGUAAGUAGAAAGGUUUAUAUUUCAUCCUAAUUCUUCUGAUGUUGUAAACGUACUUUUUAAACGAUGGAUUAUUUGAAUGUUUAUGGCACCUGACUUGUAAAAAAAGAAAACUACAAAAAAAAAAUAAUAACUUAGAAUCAUUAAAUUGUGUCUCUGUAUUACCAAAAUAACAUAGUUCUGUGCGUGUAUAGUUUAAUUGGAAUUUCAUAUGUGAAAAUAGGAAAGUGUCUAGCCCUUUCUUAUAGUACUUCCCAGAUAAGUGUGUCUCCCCAAUCCAGCCCUCAGCAGUAGAAGGGGGUUUCCACAUCAUCAGGUCCUUCCAGGUGGUUCUCUAGACCUCGGGGUCCAAGGGGAAGGAGGCGGGCUGGGGACCCUCCCAGGGCAUGCCCUGGCCCCCUCCUCUCGUGGAGCCCGAGCAACCCAUACCUGAGGUACAUGCCCUGGGCGCCCCUUUUUCCAGACCAAGAAGUCACUUAGGAAUACGUUAAGGACUCUCGGAUGUUUGGCUCUUUGGUCAGUACUGGGCAUCAGUAAUGACUUGGUUAUGAGACAGAAACACUGGAGGACGUUUUGAUGUCGUAUUACACAAAGAGCAGAGACUCUGGAACCAGAGAACUGAUUCAGAAUUGGACUGGGUGGUGGGCGUCUCGGAGCUCCUGUCUCCACUUUGGUCCCUCAGCUGCCAAAUAGAACCAGUGUUUCUUGCCUUGCAUGCGGUGAAGAUUAUAAAUAUAUUUAAAGUGUUACACAUAGUAAAUGCUUAAAAAACACACUUCAUAAAUGGCAGAUCCUCCUAAAUGCUUUUUUUAAAAUUUUGAUGCAAAAUGACACUAAAAUGUCUGCUAACGGAAGUAAUUGUGCUCUGUUAAGUACGAGAAAGGCAGAUGCGUCAGAUACUUCAUCAGGAAAAUGAGCUGAUCCAGCCUAAACUGGACGCUUUGGGUGGGUAUUUGAAACACUCGUGGGCAUGUGCUGCUUUCUCUCUGAAAGGGGGACACUGUUCGCUGGCGUCCACGUUCUGUAGAAAGCAAUUAAAACAGUCCUUUCCUUGCUCGGCA